AUGCGGCAGUUUUCAGACAGCAUGCGGCAGUUUUCAGAAAUCAUGCAGCAGUUUUCAGACAGCAUGCGACAGUUUUCAGACAGCAUGCGGCAGUUUUCAGACAGCAUGCGGCAGUUUUCAGACAGCAUGCGGCAGUUUUCAGACAGCAUGCGUGUAACAAGUGUCUCUGCUGAAAAAGUUCAGAAGCCAGAUAUUGAAGUGAAAUUCAAUAAGUCAGCUUCGGGUGGUCGAAAUGUGAAUAUUGAGUGCAGCAGCAGGACAUUCAGUUACAAGUCCUGCAUGUUCUACAGAAAUGAAGGAUCUCCACACAGUGUUCAAUCAUCUUCAGAGUCCAGUGUUCAGUAUGUUAUUUCUAAUGCCAACUUACAGCAUGAAGGAUUCUACACAUGUGAAUGUUACACGGGUUCUAAACAUACAGAAACAAGUUUUCGUGCACCUGUAAUCCUAACUAAUCAAGUGGAGGAGCCAGAGAUAAAAAUGGAAGAAAAUGAAAAUAAAAUUGUAUGUGGCAGCAAAAAUAACAGCUAUAAAUACAGAUUAUGUGUGUUGUAUAAAAAUGAUCAGCAAAUACAGGACACUGAACAGAAAUACAGAUAUAAUAAGAACCCGACAGAAACUGUUACUUUUGAUCUAGGCACCGAUUACAACCAUAAUAAUAAUAUCCUGAGUGUCGGUACUACGGUUUCUGUCAGUGACCUGUCAGAUGGGAAUUACUUCAGCUGCAUGUGUUAUACGGCUGAACCAUCAAAGUGGACGUGCCGCAGUCAGUCUGUUACUAAGGGAGGAAACUAUUCAAACAAGCAUGACUGCCCAUCAAGCACAGGUGACACCGGCAACCCUACAGUAGUGGUGGUGCUGGUGUGCAUCAUUGUUCUACUCUCACUUCUUGGUGUUAUUGUCUGGCGAUAUUUAUCAAGACGAAAUAAAGCAAAAUAUGAAAAUACAUCUGGAGCACCAGUGAUGUAUUCCAAAUGUCUCGCGGAAGAUCCUCUCUAUGCGACUGUGAAUGAUGACAUACCUGACAUUGUAAAGAAUAAUCCACAAAAAGGUGACACAGACAAAACAUAUGCUUUGUUGGGUUGUAAAACAGAGAAUAAGGAUUUUGUCAGAGAUGACAUCCGUGACCACUCUUUGAAUAAUCCACAAAAAGGUGACACUGACAAAACAUAUGCUUUGUUGGGUUGUAAAACAGAGAAUAAGGAUUUUGCCAGAGAUGACAUCCGUGACCACUCUUUGCAUAAUUCACAACAAGCCAGCUGCUUUACAACAUAUGCUUUGUUGGGUUCAGCAGCAGAGAACAAGGAUUCCAUCAAAGCCGACAUCCACAACCAGUUUGCUUUGUACUCUACAGUUAACGAUCCAGAAUAAUGACUCCAUUAAAAGACUUUUUUUCGAUGGGACAUGCAUUGUGCUUUUGCAAAGACCAUCAUAAAACUGGUUAAAACGUGUUACUCUGAAAACCGAGUUUGUCUUUGUCUCUUACUGUAAGAAGUUCUUUGGUACUUUUAUAUCAUAUCAAACUUAUAUCAUAUUUCCUGGUUUCGAAUACAAAUCAGAUGAAAAUGAGUGCAAUAAGGUUGUUAUUUCAGUGACAUAAAUUAAAUAGAAAUGUACUGCAAA